AUGCAGGUGCAGGCCCAUGUGAAUGCUAAGCUUCCCUAUCUGUCCUUUCAGUCCGAGCUAACCCAUCUCAAGAAAAUCCCUCCCCGACCGCUGAACCACGUUGCUGUGUCCGUGGCCCACAUUGAACCUUUUGUGGACUGGUAUAGUCGGAUUUUGGGCUUCCAACAGAUGGGCGAUAUUAUGCAUAUCAAGAGGUCGGAAACACCAGACGCGGCGAUAUUCCGGAUCUAUCCGGCCAGUUUGAAUGAGUAUAAAAUUGCGUAUAUGGCCACUGGAAAUGGGGCCAGUCUUGAGGUGAUUGAAUUCAUUGAUCCACGCCCAGUCCCUCAGGCAAAGUUCUUUCAGUACAAUCUAGAGGGAUUUUUCCAUAUUUGUGUGACUGAUCCUGACCCAGCUUGCUUGGCGAGGGAAGUGGUCGAGUCUGGAGGUCAAAUGAUUGGGCAAAUGAUCAACACGGGAGGUAUUGAGUGUGUUUACGUUACGGAUCCAUGGUGCAACGUUGUGGAGAUAUUGAAUAUUAGUUUUGAGCGGUUAGCUACUCAGUUAUCAGCCUAG